UAACCUCCUUCUGUUCAUCCUACUAACUUUAAUGUUCAUAGGCAGUUAUUGAAUUUUGUUUAGUGGAAUGAAAUCAUCUUGGUAAUGCUGUUAUUAUGUUAUUCUCUCUACCAAUCGAGUGACAUGUUAAUAUCCUGAGUUUAUCCUAAUUAAUUAGGCAUUUCAAGUGUGAACAAUUAUUUUUUGUCUGCAAUCAAAACCAGGAGGUUUUUCACUGCCAUAUAUCCUGUAGAUGAUUCACGAGAGUAGUAACUCGUGAUAAAGCAGCUGAUAGACCACAGAUUUAAACAAUGGAGAUACUCAAAAGGCCUACGUUUAAUAUGUUUUACACAAUACUGUUGAUCUAUGUGGGACUGUGUCAAGGUGUAGCCUUAUUACCCAAUAGAAGUGAUGUACAAGUAAAUACAACAUGCUGUCACACCUGUAAAUGUGACGGCACUGAAGUGUACUGUGACACUGUUAGUUACCAACAUUUCCGCUAGAUUGCCCGCAAAAUACAACACUACUUAGUCUCGUAGAUUGUGGAAUUACGGACCUUACAGAUGGAGAACUUGCGUAUUACUACAAACAUUUAAGAUCGCUGAACAUUUCUGGUAAUCACAUUGCAGUGGAACGUAGAACAUUUUCCGGGUUAUUAAAACUAGAAAUUUUAAAUAUUGGAACAAAUGUGUAUUCUAUGAAGAGACUCGAUCCAUUCGUGUUCAGUAUGUUACCAAAUAUCAAAUACAUUAAAUUGACAAGUUUGGGCGAUCGUUCAAGUGCCAGAGGAACGCAAACUGUUUUGGCCACAUUUCAAGGACUUGAAAAUUCUUCAAUUGAAAGCAUCAUAUUUGAAAACAUAAAUGACAAUGUGAUUUUUCUCGAAAAAUCUCACCUCAAAUAUCUGCGAAAUUCACCAGUUAAACAGCUUGUUUUGAAAAACACAUAUAUGACUGGACUUGAUUUUGAUGUGUUCCAAUUUAUACCUAACAUAGAAGAGCUUGACUUAUCUAUGAAUACAUUAGAGGUUAAAGGUUCCGUAGGUAAAAUGAUCCUGUUCCUUCUUUCCAAGGUGACCAAAUUAAAAAAGAUCAGUGUAACUGAUAAUCUUAAAAGAAAAGGCAAUGUAAUCUUGGAGCUUCUCCCCAAGAUACUAGCUGAAACAGUGGUCUUCCCAUUUCCCAAAAAUGUUGAAUUCAUUGAUAUAUCCAGAUCAGUUUUUGGAUUCAAUUCAUACCUUUUGUCAUAUGGAAUCAAAUUUCAAAGUAACAAUAGACUGAAGAAGGUUGAAUUAUCCAAUGUGAAGCUGGUUCGAAAAAUUGGCAGCGAGAUUCUUGGAUUUAUUCACCUAAAGGAAAUUCACGCCCGAGGUAAUCGAUGUGAACUUCACCCAUCUUUUUUUUCAUGCAAGGAAGGGGCCUUUGAAUCAUUGGAAAUCUUGAAUGUUGCUCAUAAUUAUGUUGAGGUGUCAUCCACUGAACAUGAAACAGAAUUGACUUUCAAAAACUGUACUAGGCUUCGUGUUCUGGAUAUGUCUUACAACAGUAUGAAUCACGUUCCUACUAAAAUGUUAACAGACACUGUUAAUUUAAGAAGUUUGAACCUCAGUGGGAAUAAUCUUAAUAUACUCAAUUUGGACUUAAAGGGGCUGAAAUUUCUAAAGAUGCUCAAUGUAUCUUACAAUAAAUUAGAAUCGCUACCGAAAAAUAUGCAGGAAGACAUUGAUGUUUUGAAUACGAAUUGGAGCAUUGUGAUUGAUAUAGGAGGUAAUCCAUUAAUUUGUGGUUGUUACUCAUUUGAGUUCAUUCGCUGGAUGCAAAAGAACAGUAAGAGCAUACACCAGUGGGAGAAUCUACAAUGCUCUUAUCACAAGAACACCUUGGUGCAUAUGCACUCAAUAAACAUGCUAAAAUUGAAACUUUCUUGCUGGCAAAAUGUGAUUCUUGCAGGCACGGUACCUACUGGAGUGAUUCUUCUCACAAUUCUUGUUAUAAUAUUGAUAUGUAGGCACCGAUACAAGCUGCAGUACUGGUACCUGCAACUAAGAGCAGCCAUGAGAUAUCACGGAAAGAACAAUUUGGAACAGGAAUAUAACUUUGAUGGAUUUAUUAGCUACAGCUCCCUAGAUAAAACUUGGGGGCAAAAAACAUUGUACGCAAAGCUAGUAGGUGUCUACAACUACAGAAUAUGUAUCGAUGAUGUUAAUUUUAGACCAGGGGGCUAUAUCUCUGAUAUCAUUCUUGAUGCCAUCAACAGAAGCAAAAAAGUCAUUCUGAUCAUAAGUCAGAAUUUUCUUCGAAGUCGUUGGUGUGCUUAUGAAAUGAACCUUGCAAGAGGCGAAUUGGCAAAUAGAGGGCGUGACUGCCUUAUACUAAUUCUGAAAGAGCCGAUUUCUGUUCUUCCGCCAGAGCUGAUCAGCCCCACACUAAGAUCUCUCCUUGAUACGAGGGUCUACCUGGAGUGGAGUGAGGAUGCCGACAAGAAGGCAGUGUUCUGGAGAAAACUACAUGAUGCCCUUGGUGAACCUAGACCACAAGAAUCAGGUGUUCGGCAUAUUGACAGUGACUUUAUCACAGCUCAAACAGAAGAAGAUGAGCAAAAAGUGCAAACUUUUAUUGCACAAAGUCAUAUUGACAAUGAUGAAGGAGAAUUAUUGUUGUAGUCUCAAUAAGCUCUAGUGUUUCCCCAAGAGUUGUAUGCAAAUUUCUCAGUUGAAUCAUGAUUUUUCAUGAUGUGUCUUAUUUCAUAUUCUUGCAGUUCAAUGCUGGGGUG